AAGAUUUUUAAGUAAGGCAAAAGAAAAAAGAAAAAAAAGAAAGAAAGAAAAGGGAUCGUCUAAUUUUGGCAAAAACAGAGCCUUACCUUCGAUCUUCGUUCCGCGACGCAACGCAACGCAACGUUUGAGAGACGAGGAUUUAUCGAACGUAGGUGUGUUGGCCGGUCGUGUUGUUCGUUUAUUAUGCUAGCUGGUUUGCCUGGCUUAUAUUGUGCCGGGCAGCGUUGUAAAUGCGCGGCUGGCUCUGUUCUUCCAUCCACCGCCCGUUACAGUUUCCUUCCUCCAGCCUCCUCAGUUCCCAUUUUCUCAACCACUCACGACUCGCGUAGGUGCGCCGUGUACGCUGUUCGAUCCCCAAUCGCGAGUUUCGGCGCGGAUGCAAAUUACCGUGCGCGAGAUGUAGUUUUCGAGUCGACAGUGAGCUCGGUUUACUCUUUCGAUCGAUCGUUCUCACCGCGCGCCUUUAUCUUUAUUUCGCCUUCCUCCACGAAUGCGGCUCGAGUGUAAUUCGUGCAAAUUCGUGUAAAACAAAAAAGGAAAAAAGAAAAAAAGACGAAUGUCUCUUGCUUGGUGCGAUCAAAUUGGAGACAAGAGAGAUCACGGGAUGACUGUAUCCGAGAAUGGAUCCACAACAGAGAUGGUCUCCAUAAACUCGGCCAGAAGUUCCAAGGAGGAAAGACGUCGGACCGGAAGAUACGUCGCGGGUGGUGCUGUGCUGGCAAUCAUGCUUCUGGCCGUGCAUCAAGCGCUCCUCAGGGACGCGUCCACCAUAGCCGGUGUAUGCAUACCGGCCAUAAUAAUGAUUUCCUACAUUAUAUGGAUCUUGUAUUCCGCCCAUCGGGACAGACGAAAGGCGUUGAGAUUCGCGACAGCGAUGCAGCUGACAGAAGUAAUCAGCGUGCCACCCAGGUCGAAUGGAGAGAUCCGCAGAAACGGGGCGAGCAAGGACGAGACACGAAAGUCAAACGGUUCGAAAUCAGCCUACAAUGUUCGAGAGUCGUCGUCCCGCGAAAAUCCUGCCUUCUCUUCCAAAGACGAAGCUGCGUGAGAGGAAUCGCUCAACUUUGUCACGUUGGAUGUGAAACCAAAACUACUCGAUUCUGGUUUUUUAUCACGAUGAACUUUCCGCCAGAGAAAUACCAGUAUUUUUUCCUUUUCUGUUAUGUUCUAAAACAUUUGAUAUUUUAGAUCGUACGAUGUAAAUUACCGAUUUUUGUAUUCUCUUUUUCAUCCAAAAUCUUCCAACAAAUGGUUCCAAAAUCGAAGAGGAUUCGAGUAAGCGGAUAAUCGAUUCGAUAGAAAUAUUUAAACAUGUCAUAGAAGAAUGAUGCAAAUCCAAAACGAUUGUGUAUACGAAUUGAGAACAAGUUCUUUCCCAUCGUAUUGUAAUUGUUAUCGUUUGAAGUUUCCGCGAACGAUUUUCAUCAUUCAAUAUGUACAACGAUUCGACUUUACAAUUUUAAAUUAAUAAACGAAGAGAAAGGCAAAAGCAAGAGUCAAGACAAAUAUUAAGACGGUAAACUUAGUCUUAAGAGGUUUAAAACGAGAUUCGAACGGGAUCGAGUCAGCAUACUACAAUUCUUACCGACUUUAAUCGUUCCCCCGAGGCAGAAAGCGAACGAACGAGCUUCGUGCACAACCUAAUAACAUAAUAAAUACUUGGUUCGGUUUCGUUUUCGGGGCGGCCCGAUUUCCCGCGAUAGAAUUAUUUGUUUAGCCCCGUGGCCGGAAUUAUUUGUUUCCGCGGCGGUUUGUGAUGCAACAACGUUCCCGAACGCACGUUGCCCCUGUUUCCCAGAUAAAUCUAUUUGGCGGGGCAGAUAAAUCGCGAAAAACGCGACAUGUAAUACAUUUGGAACAAUUGUCGCGACAAAUUCCAUUUUUCGGCCGAAAUUUUAUCGGGGGAGGCCGAUUUUUCCUCCACCGAUCUCUCUUCUUUGACGACAAGUUUAUUCCAAGUUUAUUGU